CAAGGCAUUUGUGCAAAAGUGAGGUGUGAUAAUGACAAGAAGGUGAGUGUACAGCUUAAAGGGCAUGUUGGCAAUAAGGAGGAGCGGUGGCAUAAGUGCCCAGAGGAUGGCGGGUCUAUAAAUAUUGCUGAUGUGGCUGGUACAGAGUUCAGUGAGGGAACUAUUGUGUGCCCUAAAUACGAAGAAGUGUGCACAGGGUGGCCGGAGACCAAUUCCCCAGUAAUCAAGCUUAACAGUGACAAAGAAGAAAGUGACGGGUACUAUAUCGUUCUGAAUGAUGGGGAAAAAGAAGCAAAGCCAGAAAAAGGUCAGAAGCCAACCCACGCGCCAUCAGUUUCAUCAGUUUCUCCUGAAGAAGACGAAUCGCACGUGGAACUCCAUGAAUCUGACAUAGUGAAAGAAGCUCCGGAAAGCGAGCAUCCGGAUAAACACGAAGCUCCAAAAGGUCAGGAGCCCGUUAAGCACAGAGAUGCUUCCCACAACAGCUUGGGGAACGUGAGAGUUCACAACACCGGUGUGUCCACUGCGAGUUCAGAUGGUGGAAUUGGAACUGGUGGCACGAACACUAACAACAACAGCGCUGUUGGUUCUGGUGGCAUCAGCAAUGAAAAGCACCCCGUUACUGUACCUGAGCGUGUUCACACCACACCACCACCUCCUACUCCUGCCGCCCCACUCCCAACCCCUGCUGACCCUCUUGUCCCUGCAAAGACCCCUGCAGAUGGAGCAUUGCAACAGCCUGUAGAUCCACCAGCAGAAAACAACGAUAAACAAAAUGAAAUCCAAACAUCACCCGAAUUGAAAUCACCAACUGGAGAGCAAGAGAAAAAUUCUUCUCCAGCAGGUCCUAAUGAUAAAGUUCAUUCAUCCAACUCCAGUACUACAGCAUCAGAAGAUUCCAUCAAAGUACAAAGUGAUGCUCGGGAAAAAGAAUCUGAGCAGAAAAAGCCCCGUGAUAAUGCUGAUGAUGUUGCUACUGCUCCAUCCACAUCUAAUCCCAACAGCAAUGGCAACACAAUGCAGUCCACCAACACUAUUAAUGGUGCAAAUGAACCGUCUACUCACACAGCAAAUAACACUGUUUUGAACGGGACAAACUUAAAUGAGGACCAAAUGAAAGAAACACUAAAUCAUACAAAUGUAAUGAAUGUGAUGGGUCCUGACAGCAGCAUCAUGGUCUCCUACAUGGCCCCUCUUGCACUUCUUGUGUGUGUUGUUGGUUUUGUGAUGGUUCCAUGA